UCCCACAAACUCAUUUUCACAGCACAGGAAAGUGUUUGUCCAUACCUCAAGUAUCACUUCAAUCAUGCUCGAGCCCGCUUCUUCCCCUUGUUUUGCAGCGCAGAAGCACGAAAUCAGCUUGAAAUACAAAGAUGUCACACCCUGUCCAAAGAUCACAUUGCCAAGGCAACAACAGCCAUGGACAAGUUCCUCCAAAGCGUCGACUCGAAUCCCCAUAGACGAGACGCAGCCGAGCCUUGCUACUCGCUGCACGAGCCAGGAGAACUCGUCUAUGGAACCGCUCUCGUCUUUCACGGAUUCGGGCAAUUCCACAGUUGCUCGCGGACUACCUGUUUGACAAUGGCUUCAAUGUCUACCAGCCUUGCCUUGCUCGCCACUAUCUCGGAAAUCCGACUCUAAACUGGCCGUAGGUGACACAUCUUAAAGUUCGCUCUUUACUUUCAUCUCCACCCAGGUUGAUCUCAAGCCGGAACUGAAAGAGAAGAUCCGGCAAAACUUCCUCAAGGAUCCGGUCCUAGCCAAGGAGCUCUAUACCUCUGUAAGUCUUCUGCUAUAACGUUUUCAUCCUGCUGACAGUCUGCUGGCCUGUGUUCUUCGUGAUUGUUGUCCCAAGACACCAUGCAGCCAGUUCGCUCCCUUUCCCCCGAAAUGUCUGAUAUAAUCGCUGCGCUCGACCAAGGUGAUCGUAGCCAGGAUUUCCAGAGGUUUUUCGACUCGAGCCACUUGGACUACUUCACGGAAGCCGAGCAGCGACUAGAAGAUGUGCAUGCUCUGCCAGGCCCGAUCUUCGCGAUAGGCAUCUCGAUGGGAGGUGCCACUGCGUUGCAUCUCGCCAACACUUAUCCAGACACAAUCUCGAAAGUCGUAGCGUACGCCCCGCUCCUGAAGACCAUGGAUGAUUCAAGGAGAGAAUUUGCUCUGGCGAUCGGCCCGCUGGACGUGAAAGAAACCGGAUGGGAGCCGUCGCUCCAGUUCACAGUGGGAUGCCUUGUGGCAAUCGACCUAUAA